AUGCCAGCGGCCGCCACUUUGAAGUCCCCUAAUGUAUGCGCCAACUGCAAGGCCCGCAAGAAAAGAUGUGACAAGUCUCUACCGCGCUGUUCCUACUGCACUGACCAUGAUCUACCCUGUCUAUACCAGACCUUGAAUCAUAGUCCGCGACAUCGAGCAAUCGGAGAUUCCGCCCUUGCAUUCGCAGCCAGUCCUCAGUCCCAAAGCGGGAUUUGGAAAAACCCUGGCGUUCUACGAGCUGACAACCCUGUCAGUGCAUCGAUACAACUACUUUUCGACAGCCUCGCAUGCAGCGCGCACAUUCCCCGCGGGGCACCGGUCUCGACGGUCGAGUCCACGCUAUGCGUCCAGGUUCAGCGGUUACUCGAAACUACGGGGCUUUAUCUUGAUGAAAUCAGUGUACGAUACUUCCAGGGUGUUCAUACAUUCGUACCAAUUAUCUCCCGACGGCGGUUCCACGCGCGGCUGCUUUCUUUUGGGGCCAAUCUCCAGGCUGAUUUCGCCUUACUCGUUCUAUGCAUGGCAUUACUUGUCUCCUCAAAAGACUCUUUCGAUCUCUUGGGGCCACAAGGGGGCCGCCAUAUCUACGUUGCCACCAAAUCCCUUAUGGCCCAGGCACAAGCACUCUGCACGCCGACAACUAGUCUCGUUCAAGCCGGUGUGCUGCUAGCGGUUUAUGAGUAUGCCCAUGGUUAUCCGGAGCAGGCUUUUGUGACGAUCGGAAGCUAUGCGAGGAUGGCGUAUAUAGCCCAGCUACGAUCCAUCCCUGCUUCAACUACAAAUACUCUGCCGCAGACUGAUUGGACUAUAGAAGAAGAGGAAAUUAAUACCUUGUGGGGAAUCCGGAUAUCGAUCGUGGAUCAGCCAUUAGGCUCCGUGAUACCCGCCCAAGAUAAUUCCCUACCACUCGAGCCCUCUAUUCUAGACCAGGGUAAUCCUGCGGUGGCGCAUGCAUCUCGUGUCGCGAUCCAGGCGCUGAACUCUCCCGGGGUUGGCGGCUUCGGGCGCAGCGCUCAAGCGGCAUGGCUCCUGGAUGGGGUGCUGCAGGGCCUAUCCAAGACGGAUCCGGACCAGAAACAGGCACACCUGACUGAAUGUGAUCGAAAAUUGCAGUCCUUUCUGGCCGUUGUGAUGCAGCAGCACACGGGCAACUAUGGAAUAUUUUGUGUUCCAAUCGCUCUAACGAUCCGGUCUGUUCCUCCCCAAAAUUAUAAUUUUAUCUCUCAAAGUAGUCGAUUUAAUUUGAUAGGAACGUGUAGUGCAUUGUUUCUUCUUCAUUGGCAUCUUCUCAGCUCACGUGCCCGAGACUCCCCGGGGGCCUAUGACUCGAGCAAUAUUUCCCACAAGGCCCUGGAUACAAUUACUAAAAUGGUCAUUGACAUUGCUAUCACGCACGAAUACCUCCCAUUUAGCCAAAUCGAUCGCCUUCCUCCCAGCUGUCUGUAUAUCAAUCGAGCAGCGCUGAAACACAUCAAUGACUAUCAAUCGGUGACCGCAGAUUCUCGCCUGCAAACUUUACUCAAUCAAUUCGAAGCGCGUUGGGGCGCAUCGCCAAGUGUGCCUGGAAGAUAG